AUGAAGCCUGCCUACCUAGCAAAGGUCUUCAUGACCAUCGAGAUGGUCACAGCUGCGAUUAUACAUGCGGCAGAAUACAAUACAACAACUGCGACACCGUCAGUGAUCGCGACCUCGGCGCCUUACCAUUUCCACCCGAAGACGCAGGUCAAGCCCACAGACUCUUCCAAGAAAGCGUUUGACGGCCUCUAUGUGUACCCAUACCACACGGCACCAGAUACAUAUGAUGCCGCCUUGACGCCAGAUAAAAUGCGCGCCCCGACUUCCCAUGCCAACUACGGUCCGGUUGGAGGUGUCAGCGGGCCGCCGUACUUUGACAACGGCACUCUGCAGUGGACAGACGAAGCAGGAUUCUUCAGGCCGGCCAGCUUCCACGGCUGGAUAGUCUGCCAAUGGUGGGACACCAACGAGGACACACCGUCAAAGCCUGGCCUCCAGCUCUUCUUCCGGUUCAACAGCGCAGGCGGAGUGAUACCGUCUACGUGUGCCGAUGUUGAUCUUGUACUGCAAAGCACUUCUGUAUAA